AUAUAAAAUUAUAAACAACUUGCAAAUCACGCAACAAUUUUUGAUAAUAAGCAUCAAGCUGAGUGCUGACAAGCUUUCAACAUUCAAAUUCAAUAAUAACUGAAUUAAAUUGGAAUAAUAAGUUAAAUUAAAAGUAUGAAAUGAACUAAACAUUAAAUCUAAUUUAAAAUCUAAUUCAUAGUCGUCAUCCAUAAAAAUUGAUUACUCUUUGUGUGUUCACUAAUCGAGUUAAGAGAAAAAUGUUUCCGACGAGCACGCAAAAAGCAAAUUGGAUAUUUAAAGACGAGAUGGAUUUAAAUGCAUUGCGAGAGAACGCCAACCAGAAGUUCGUCGCUAGAUUCGGAUCGCACAUGAGUCCCGAUGACCGAAACGUAUUUUUUUUGGACGCCAAUGAAGAGCAUAUAAUACAGAAAUGUCACGAGUACAUAUUAAGAGAUUUCUGUCACAAGUUUCAACCAACCAUGCCAAAGUACGUGUUCGCAACAGCUUUAAAUUAUCUGAAACGAUUUUACUUGUACAAUUCAGUCAUGGAUUACCAUCCCAAAGAAAUAAUGGUCACAUGUCUGUUUUUGGCAUGCAAAGUUGAUGAGUUCAAUGUGUCGCUCGCACAGUUUGUUGCCAACAUUAAAGGCAACCAAUCAAGAGCAACCACAGUGAUACUGAAUAAUGAAUUGUUUCUUAUGGAACAGAUCAAAUACAAUCUCAAAGUACACCAUCCAUUUAAGGCGAUCGAAGGGUUUCUUUUGGAUAUAAAGACUAGAACACGAAUGUCCGAUCCAGACCGCAUGCGUCCUCACAUUGAUAGUUUCAUUGACAAAUUAUUAUUUACAGACGCAUGUUUAUUAUUUGCACCAUCUCAGCUGGCACUAGCUGCUGUAUUACAUUCGGCUAGUCAAAUUAAAGAGAAUUUGGAUUCAUAUGUUACCGAUUUAUUAUUGGGUGAAAAGGGAUCUGAGCAUUUAAAAGAUUUGAUAGAAGUUGUACGAAGAAUAAGAAUAUUGCAUGUCAGAACAGCAGAUGAUCAUACAAAAGAGCUAUCACGUAUUAGUAAAAAAUUAGAUAAAUGUCGGAACCAAGAGAACAAUCCAUUCAGUGAAAAGUAUAAGGAUAGAAUACAAGAAGCAUUAAAUAAUUCUUUAUAGUUUUGAUUGUAAUACGUUUUUGGCAUUAUUGUGAAUAUAAAAAUAUAAUGUAACACUUUUAUCAUCAAUAUGAUUUAAAAUAAAUAAAUAUUUUUUUCCUUUCUUAUUAGAUAGGUACCUAUAUUGAUCAUAAAUAUAAAUUGUAUAAUACUGAACAUUGUUAAAACCUUAAUAAUAACUGUACGUUUAUAAUAAGAUU